CUACAUCAAGAGCUUUCAAGCAAUCAUGGUUCUCUAUAAAAGUCAUUUCAUUCUCUAGUAUCGUGUGGCAACUCAAGCACAAAAAUGAAGUUUUGGGGCUGGAUGCAUCAUAAGUUCCGCGAGAAUAGCAAAGAACCAUUGAAAGAUUCUACAACUGGUAACAGCUAUUCCAUCCUUUCAUCUCAUCCAUCCCUUGAUAGCCAAGAUGUUUACCCCGCAGCAUGUGCUGGCUCCAGAUACAAUACUGGAUUCAGAAAACAAGUCAAUCUGUUCCAGGAAAGCUCCUUCGCAGGACCCAUGGAAAAUAUAGAAGAACACCUCAAGGAUGAGAGAAACAGUGACUUCUUUGAUGGAUUUCUAGCCAUUGGAACCCUUGGUGGAGAAACACUUCAUGAUGAACCAGCAACACCGACAUUUGGCAUGUCAUUUGAGGACCCAGCAUUAGAUAAUGCCGAUGUGACUGAGAAUGAUUUGAAGCUCAUUAGCAAUGAAUUGGAGAAGUUCCUUGAGGCUGAAGCUAAAGAAGGACACCACCAACCAUCAGGAAGAAACAGCGACACUAACACUAUUGCAUCCACCAUUGAGGCCAUUGAGGGACUAGAUGCUGAAGAAGAUAAUCAGCCAAUGAAGUUCCCACUCCAAGAAUAUCUUUUUGGCUCUCUAAACGAAUUCCCAGAAACAAAGAUUGCAGGAAAGAAGGAAAGGGCAUCACUUGGUGAACUGUUUCAAAUAACAGAAGGGCAAGAUAAACACUCAGAAAACACAUAUGGGAAGAAAAAGAAGCAAACCAGUUCAGCUCACAAGUCCGCAAAGCAUCUUGUGAAGAAGGUACUGAAAAAGAUACACCCGUCCUCAAGGAGCUCUGUCAGUGGUAAAACUGAAGUGGAUUCCCCAAAGAAGAAGUUCCAAAAGAUGGUACAAGUUUUCCAUAAGAAAGUACAUCCAGAAGACUCCAUAAUGGAAAGCGAAACAUACAGCAGCAUGGAAAAUCCAAAAAACAGCAAAGGAAAUUCUAUUGACUUAACGUUCGAGAAGGUGAACCCCUGUCAUGAGGCAAGUAAAAGAUGUAUCCAGUAUGAGGUGAGAAGUUCUCGCUCAGCUAAAAACGGAGAACACUGGAUCAAAACAGAUGAAGACUGUAAGUGCACCAUCACAUGCAACUAGUAGAAUUGUUUGCAUAAUCCCAUCUAUCUCCAAGGAAGAAUAUGAUUCUAAGUUUUCACACAUAUUUAGGAUAGCUAUUAGAAAAACAAUUUUUUUGAUACAUUGACAUUUAGACAUUCACAAGUGUUCUGGUUGUAGCCGAACCAGCUAAUAAUCCAUAAUUGCUUUGCAGACUUCGUGUUGGAGCUGUAGGAAAGAGAUCAGAAGAACUACGUAAAUUAAGAAGUGUGAGUGUAUUAUGUCACUUUAUGCAUGUGUGAAUUGUGUGGUAUGAUUAAGGAAAAUGUGUUCAAACUUACUGGGAACGUUUACUACUCCCCUCUAUGUAAUAAUAAAUGUUACUGGGUGUUAUAGCACGAUAUCUCAUAUAUA